AUGGCCGGCCCGCUUUCCCUUCUCAGUGGCGCCCCCGUCAUCAUCGCCCGCAAAGAGGGUGCUGACAGACCGUCUGCUGCUGCAUCAACUCGAACCUCUCAUCAUCAACACGUGUCAAGAUUUCUGCUCGACACUUUGGCCAGCCCCCCCAGCUCCAGCAAAGAGGCCGCUGCCCUUAGCCCUUUGGUAGCACCGCAACAUGCUGCGUUGCACAGCAAAAAGACCCUGCCUGCCCUUAGGGCUGACCAUGCGCGCGCGCAAACGGCUGCCGUAAUUGUGUCCAAGGUCCGGCAAUUGAGACCAUUACUAACAAGAUCUCGUUUAUCGCAUUAUAGCCAAAGCGAGGUCAGGGAUACCCCUACUACCAUCCCAAAAGCAUCGAACGUUUCUCGAAUAAAGUUGUGCGCCAACCGAGCGCGAGCUUUGCGCAUCAUCCUUCCGCCCCGUGCGCUCGGGCAAGCCCUUGGAAAACCUAUCUCGGCUCCAGGCCACUGGUUAUCUCAUGCGCGUCCACCGCCUUUGUCCCUCCCUGCACAAUGA